AUGUUUUAUGAGGGAACUCUUCAGGACGGUAUCUCGACUGCCGUCGGCCAGCAAAAACUGGUCCUGUGCUUUGUUACCGAUGAGGGCGACGAGAGCACACAAUGGGAAACCGAAUUCCUUACCGAUGAUACGUUGAGCGACUUGCUCAAUGAACACGCCGUCGCGCUUCGCCUUAAGGCUGGAUCCGAAGAAGCCGGAUAUCUAGCCCAAAUCUUUCCGCUCCCACGGACUCCUACCGUCGUUAUCAUCAAGAAUGGCGAGUUGAAGGACUACAUCACAUCUGGAACCAACAAGGAAGAGUUCCUACGGAGAGUUAAGGCGGCUUUGAGCUCCGCAUCUGCGGCGGUAGUGCCAGCCGCAACCCAACCAGCUCCAACCCAAGUUGACCCUCCACAGCCUCAGCCAGAGACACAUACAGCGCCGGAACAGAGCUCCCCGGCUACACAACCGUCAUCAGCAUCUGAGAAUGUCCGUAGGAUAUUAGCUGAAAGGGCUGCCAGACUUCAGGCGCAGAGGGAGGAGAAUGAGCGCAACGUUAAAGAAGAGCGGGCCAGGACCAAAGAGAAGGCUAAAGCCGAGGCCGAGGCCGGAAUGAACACUGACAACGCGCGAGCUCACAAGGCUGCCGAGGCUGUCAAGAAGAAGAGACAGCAGGACCAAGAAGAGAGGGCGCGAAUUCUAAAGCGUAUCGAGGAUGAUAAGGCGGAACGGCGCUUGCGCGCGGAAGAGCGCGAGAAGCGAAGAAUCGAGAAUAUGAAAGGCGGCGACGUCGCAGCAUCCCUAGUCAGCGCACCAGAAACUAAGCUGGCAGCCUCAACCAAGACGGGUGGAAUGACGGCUCUUCAAGUACGCCUCUUCGAUGGGUCGACUCUGAGAUCGCGCUUCAAGACGAAUACACCUCUCAAGGAGAUUCGACAAUGGGUGGACGAAACCCGAACCGAUGGAGCGCAACCAUAUACCUUCAAGCAAGUUCUUACACCUCUACCGAACAGGAACGUCGAUGAGACCGAGGAGGACAAAGCCAUUGGCGAACUUGGCCUCUCCCCUUCCUCUACAUUGGUACUGAUACCAGUUAAGAAGUACACAUCUGCGUAUGAUGGCGACUCGCAGGGUAUUGUUUCCAAGAUCAUCAGCUUCAUUCUCGGCAUUUUCUCAUGGAUUUUCGGUCUUUUUGGACCUGGCGAUGAGCGAGGACGCCGAGGGUCCGUCCAUGGACCGACCAGUUCCCGGGAACGAUCCCGAAUUCGGGAAUUCCAGAACCCGAGUGACCAGCAAAGAGAUCAACAAUUAUACAAUGGAAAUUCGUUGAAUUUCGAACCACGACCAGAAGAGGAGAAGGACAGUUGA